CAAGUAGAUCAGAAGAGUCAUUCCCUUCGCAAUUCAUCGCAAUUAGCAAGAGAACAACUUUAGAACUUAUUUGUAAUCCAUCCGGAGAACAGUUUCAAGUAGAAACACUGUUUCUUCCAGUCACUGCUCCUAUUGCAUUGGGCCAGUUGAAGAAGUUUGUACCAUUUCUCGUGAAAACAGUUUCUAAAUCGGACAUUCCAUCGGAUAUUGAGGCGUCAGUCCCAUUACCGGCUUGGUGGCCAAAGGAUAUUCAAUUCUCGACAGAAAUUUUCACGGAAGAACUGCCAGCAAAUGAACUCAUGAAAAAGUAUCUCAAAAUAGUUUCGGCCUGCUAUUCGUUUUACCGUAGUUCCUACAUAAUCUCAUUCAGCAGUUCGCUUUGUAAUUCCAAGCUUACAUUUGUAGAACUUCGUAAUGGAACUUGUAGAAUUUUAAGCGAUAAAGGGCAUCUCAUUGUGGUGAUCAGAGCAUCGACAAGACACUACGACGACCCAUUUCGACAAAAUAAUCAGCGGUACGGAAGCCGAUUCUUCGAUCCUAAUUUGAUUGCAACUACGGAUUUUCGCAAAACAUUUUGUCUGUCACCAGUGUUGUUUAGAUUUGAUGAUCCAAACUUACCACGAUAUAGAAACCUGCUCGUCAGAAGAGCAAGGGCCAAGGGAACCUUAGAUUAUAGGAAAGUAGUAGACGAUAUUACCAACCAGUUAAAAUCUAACUCGCGAGUUUCUUUUGGAAAGUCAAUUUCUGAAAUGUCUCCCACUCUGAGAGAAAGAAAGAUUGUUAUAAAAAAAUCCACCGUCUCCACCACCACCAAUUGCGCCGUAAAAUCGAAAUCUCCUAUAUCAAUGAAGCGACCAAGAAGUACUAAAAAGAUCCCUUUGCUUCCUGAAGUUCCGAAAAACUGUCAACAUUGCAAUGCUCAUUACUCUGACGAGUACUUGUGCACGGAACAUGAGGACAUUUGCAUGAAAAUUCUACCAAACGGAAAAGACAUUCGCGACAUUGCCGAGAGAAAAACAUUUUUUGCUUCAGUCCUUGGCCUCGUCCCGACACAAACAGUCCAUCCAGAGGAAAUUAAAAUUGAAAAUAAGAUUGACAAAGUUUUAAGGUCUCGUACUCCGAUUCCGAUUCCUAUUGUUGCUGAACCAGUUGUUCCUGAAUUUAAAGCUCCUUUGCCACCGACGACUCGACCUAGGAAUUUGCGGAGUGUGCCUUCGCGAAACAAAAGCAGCAAGUUCUUUAAAGACCAUCCCUUUCUGGCAAUCACUUCAACGAAGGGACAGGAAUGUCUGGAGAAAUUCGGAGAAAGGAAACCACCACCCCUGAUUUCUAACGCUCCUGCUCACGAAAAAGACUGUAGGUCAGAAAUUACGACAGAACCGUAUUGUACUCCGAAGAUUGUAACUCCCAAGAAACGUAGAUUAAAAGACAAUCAAUACCUCCACUACUACUCAUUGGGUGCUACUGAUCGACUGCUACGUAAUACAGAGUUGAUCGUUGGAUUAAGCCUGGAAACUCAGAAGAAGCUAGACAGAUGUACUCCCCUCUCGGUCGCAAUUACUCGCAUAGCCAGCAAGGUUGUGAAAGAUAUUCAAGAACGAGACAAGAAACGACGCCUGGCAAGAGAGGAAGCUGUUAGAAAAGCUAAUAAAGAAAAACUCAAAGGCAGAUUUAUAAAAGUUGAGCUAAAGGAUUUUAUGAUUUAUCCAGAAGAUAUUCGAGAAUAUGUUGAGAAAAAUAGUAUUAUGAUCAAAUAUGGGCAGCGGAACUAAUCAGUAAUCUAAAUUUGCCGUUUUAUUAUGUUGUAACUGUCGAUUUUACCCGGUAUUUGAAAUUGAUUAUAUUUAAGUUUUUAUUAUGUCGAUAACGAUCCCAGUUUUUGAAAACUCGUGACAUUUCGAAUGCAUGAUUUUAUACACUUUCCUAUUUAUGUCAAAUUUUACGUGGUAAUAAGUCGGUACUAUAAUGCUAUCCCUCAUUCAUUAAAUAAAUACUCAUCAAUCCCUUACAUAAAUCCCAAAA